AUGCAGCUCGAGGCGCCGCAGGCGGGGCUGGAGGCAGAGGAUGCCGCGCACUACUGGUCGCCGCCAGCCCCGUCCGGCGGCCUCCCUGCGCAGGCGCCACCCGCCCCGCUGGGCCCACAAAUGAAGGGCCCAGCAGCCCCCCUUGGCAAUGCUUUGUUUCCGUCUGUGGUGCGCCGCCUCUCGCAAGCGUUGCCCUCCAUCGCCGCCGACUUGCUGCGCGGUGCCAGCGACGAGGCUUUUCUGGACGGGAUCAUGCAGCUGGAGAGCGCCGGCGCGGAGCCGUCUCUGGGCCAGCUGGAGCGGCUGUUUGCCGGCCAAGAUGGCGACGAGCUGCUGGCGGCGCAGGCAGGCUGCCUUCUGCUAAGGCUGGGCCCGCAUCCUGUUGUGCUGGGCCCCCGCUCCUCGUCGCUGCUCCUCUGCACCAGGUGCUGCACCCCCAUGCUCACCUGCCCGCCGCCCCCGGUGCCGCAGUUUGACGCCCUUAUUUCACCAGACACGGGCGAGAACGCCACGCCGCCCAGGGCCGCUGCCCCACUCACCGAGGAGGCGGCGCACACAGUGCGAGCCCUGCCAAGCCAAGUUGCACUCGCCGAGGCGGCAGCCGCCCGCAGCCUGCUGGCGUCGCUGGAAACUCCGUCUGCUGCAGCACCAGGCGGCAGGGCUGCCAGGCGCCAGCAGGCUGCGGCCCUGAAGCAGCAGCAGCAGCAGCAGCAGCAGUAUGCGCAGAUGCAGGCGCAGUACCAGCAGUACCAGCAGUACAUGCAGCAGCAGCAGAUCCUGCUGGGGCACCAGAUGGCGACCGGCCUGGCCGGCCUCCAGCCGCCGGCCCACCUGCCGCAUGCCACCCCAAUGUACCAGGCAGGCCCUGCUUUUCUGCGGGCGCUGUUGGCGGUGAUGACCCCGGUGUUUGUUGAUCCACGCACCGGCAGGGUGCUGCAGGCGGCCGGGCAGGCGGUGACCACCCUGCACCCGGGUGCCUUUUCGGGGCAGCAGCUGGUGCUGGCGCCACACCGGGGCCCCUCGGUCCCUGACUCUGCCUCCCCUGCCGCCAGCUUCCCUUCGGUGGGAGCAGCGGCGACGUCUGCCGCAGCGGGCGCCACCAACCCAAAGGCAGCGAAGCGCAAGCGGGAGCCCAGAGGCAGCACAUCUAGACCAGCGGCAAGCGGAAGCGCGCCACGGGAUGGCUCCGCCCAGGAGCGCCCCACGCAGCUGGGGCCAGGCUUCCUUGUGGACGCCAAGACCGGCUGCGUGCUGCGCCCCGGCCCCGGCAUGGCGGCGACCGCCGUGCAGAGCAGGCAAGCGCAGGGCACGCCAUGCCCAGUGCGGUGGGAGCUGCCAGCCGUCCGCAGCCUGUUUGAGGCGCAUGCCGCCACCCCCUUCAGCCCCUCAGGGUCCCCUGCCGGGCACCCCAGCCUGCCACUGGCCGCAGCGCCCUCGCCGCCGCUCCACCUGGUCGGCCAGCAGGAGCGGGCGGCGCAAGCUGGGGCAGCAGCCCUGCGGCUGGCCGGGUUUGGGAGCAUCCUGCGGGGAGUGGCACGUGAGCUGCAGAGCGCCGCCUCUGAGCCGCUGCCUUGUCCUGUGGGCAACACUGAGAGCAGCCUGAGGGCGCCGGAGAUGCGGGGCGUGAGGCGGGACCUCAACUCCCUCACUUGGGAUGCCUUCCUGGAGUCACCCGCCACGCAGCAGGCGCCAGCUGACAUGGCGCAGGCGGGCUCAUUCAUGGCCGGCUUCAAGCAGGAGGCGCUGUGGCUGGGCAAGUUCCCCACGCGCGAGGCGGCAGGCAGGGCGGUGGACCUUGCGGCGCUCAAGCUGCUGGGCAGGGAGGCGCAGACCAACUACCCCAUGGCCACCUACCAGCGCCACCUGGCCACGCUGGAGGCGCACUCGGGAGAGGCGGUGGUGGCGGCGAUCCGCAAGGAUGCCCACAUGGCCUGCUGCCGCACCUCCAAGUUCAAAGGCGUGCGGCGGGUGGGCCCCGGUCUGUACCAGGCCAGGCUGCCGCCGCCCCUGAAGCAGCGGGACGACGGCCCUGCCGCGGUGCCUGGAGCGGGUGCAGGCAACCCUGCAGUGCCUGGUGCUGCGGCGCUGCCCCAGCUCACGCCAGCCCAGCUGCAACUGUACCAGCAGGGGCAGCUGCUGCCGCUGCUGGGGCACCAGGACGGGCAGCUGCCCUCGCCCGUGCUGCCCGUAGUGGGGGCGGGACAGGGCGUGUGGGGAGAUGAGCAGCUGGCGCAGGACCUGCUGCCGCUGGGCUGGGAUGCGCAGCUCUGGCAGGACCUGGCGCCAGGACUGGAUGAGCAGCAGCAACCGGAGUAG